AUGGAGUACCUUUAUGCCACAUCCAAUUGCUAUGCCUUCAUGUGGAAGGUUCCUUUUGUCCGGAAUCGUGAUGCCUUCCAUCAAAGAGUGGUGCAGUUGAGACUCCAGGUGCCAGCCUGGUCAGCUCCCAGUUCCGGAAAAGUUGAAACUGAGGAAGAUGACGGUGAGAAAGUCGACCCAGCGGCCAUUGAGGCCCUCAAGGCAGAGCUAUAUGCGGUGGAUCCGAACAGUUUGGCAGAGUGUGAGGCUCACGACUUUGAGAAGGAUGAUGACACAAACUUCCACAUUGAUUUCCUGACAGCCUCCACCAACUUGCGUGCCAGCAACUACGACAUCAAGCACACGGAAAGGUCAACAGUAAAGGUCACAGCUGGGCGCAUCAUCCCAGCACUAGCAACGACUACUGCUAUGAUUUGUGGCUUGGUUGACGUGGAAUUCCUGAAGUUGGUCCUUGGGAUGCACAAGGAGGAGGGUGCCCUGGACAAGUUUUACAAUGCUAACAUCAAUCUUGCCACUGGUCUCCAGGCAAUGAAUCUGUUCAGACCUGAGCCCGCAAUAGUGCGGAAAACUAAUCUGCGAGGCUCUGUGGCGGAAUUUACCUCAUGGGACAAGGUUGAAAUAGAGGGAGAAAUUGCUUUGAAGGAGUUGGUGAAAAAGCUGGAGUCCAAGCUGGGCGGUCAGCUCCAGCGUUUGCACCCCGUCGGGAAUGACAAGGUGUCCAUCUAUGAUAGUUCACAGGUCAAGAUGCUUGACUGGAGGAUUGAUUUGCAGGAUGGCCAGGCUGUCAUCGAGCCGGACGAGGUCUACUCUACUUGGCCUCAACUGAAGAUGGCUGUUCAAAUGUUGGGUAAGCUUCCUGAUGGCCCUGCACGGAAGAACUUCGAGAAUCAGGUUCUCUCUGCAGCAAAGUCACUACAGGGGGUGAAGGACAACUUUGCAAGUCAUUGCAACAGCAAGUGCAGCGAGGCUUACAUCAAAGUACUGAGGCCUUCAGAUGAAGAAGCAGAGAAGCAGAAGUAUUUUGACGCCGUGCUUGAGAGAAGGAAUUACCUACCUUUGCAGGCUGACAUGCUGACAGAGGAGGGCGAGGAUGCCGACCUCCCCCUCAUCAAGUACACUUUCCGCUGA